GGGGUGGCGAGGGCGGAGGCAAGGGAUCAACAGCAGCAGCAGCGAGUGGUGGGUGGCCGCAGUGGGUGCUGCCACACCUGCGCUGGCCCGAGGCGCUGCCACGCACCGGAACCCUGGUGGUGCUCCUGCGCAAUAACGCGGCGCUGGAUGCGAAUGCGAUUGCAAUCGCGGCGGCGGCAGCAGCGACAGCUGCCGCGGCGGCCGCCGCGGCAGCGGCGGCUGACGCUGCCGCUGCUGCCGCCACCGCCUCCGGCGGUGACGCGGCGGCGGCAGCCGCCGCCGCCGCUGCCGCGGCUGCCUCCUCCUCCUCCUCCUCCAGCCCUCCCGCCAGCCGCAUCCCGCUGCUGUCGGAGGGUCUGAUGGGUUGCAUGGAGGCGGCCAUCGAGAGCGCCGCCAACAGCGAGGUGUGGAAGACGCAGCUGGUUCGGCUGGCCACCAAGGUGGCCUACGUGGGUGCGGAGCAGGCGGGGCGGCUGCUGGGGCGCAUGCGCUACCGCAGCGAGCGGGCGGAUGCGGCGGCCACGCUGCUGUCGGCGUGCCCCGACCUGCAUCGGGCGCCCUGGGCGUUGAGGAGGUUUGCAAAGUUCGGGCCGGAGGACGUGGCGGAGCUGCUGCAGGAGCUCAGUCUGGCCCCGCUGCUGCCGCUGCGCACCCGGGUGGGCGACGGCUGGGACCGCUGCUGUUCGGGGCACAUACGACUGGACCUGGCGCAGCAGUCCCACCGCCUGCUGGCAAUCCUGCUGGUGCAGGCCGCCCACCGGGACAGCCCCGCGCACCGCUGGGCCACCCCGCCCGCAGCCGCACCCGAGGAGGAGCUGUACGGCGCCGCCACUGCGCGGCUGGGGGACGCCACCAGCUGCCUGCGGGCCAUCACGUUCGGGGGGCAGCCGCUGGGGAACAGCGUGAUCUACCUCAGCUCAGCCAACAUCCCCACCAGCGGCAUCCUGGACAUGCACUUCGUAAACCUGCGACCCCGCAUGCACGUGCAGUACCACGGAAAGGGGAGUGCGGCUGCCGUACGACCCAGACAAACCCCCACCGUACUCUCCGGGAAAACCCCCUCCGGACACCACAACCUGCAGACCUCGGCCAGCGGAGGACACCUCACCGCGGCGCCCUCCAUGAAUGCCGCCGCCGCCGCGGCGGCGGCGGCGGCGGCUGCCUCGGGCUCGCCGGUGUACGGCAGUAGCGGCGGCGGAGCUGUUGACGGUACGGCGGUAGCGGCGUCGACGCCGACACCGACGCCGCCGGAGGCGCCGCCGGUGUCUGUGUUGACAACGGCGGCGGCGAUAGCGGGUGGCUCCAUGGCGCGUGAGGGCAGCAGCAGCAUCGGCGGCGCCAGUGCCAGCGGCGGCGGAGGCGGAGGUGGAUCAGGGUUGUACGGCUACCGUCGGGGUCCGGCGGAGGGGCGUUACGGGCCGUACAGCAAUGCAGCCUCGACAGCGGCAGGCGGCGGCGGUGGCGGCGGGGGGCUGGCGAGUGGCGGUGUGAGCGGAUCUGUGAUGGAGUCGGCGCGGCUGGCCACCAGCUUCAUGAGCCAGUCGGCGGCGGCUCAUGCAGUAAUCACCAAGAAAACAUGGUGGCAGCCCUACCACAGCGCCUGGGAGACGCUGUUCCAGGAGCUGCUGAUGCGGCUGGGGCUGCCGAACACGCACCCAAACCUGGCGGGAUGGAGGCAGGCGCCAGCGAUGUGGAAGGGCGGCUACCGCGCCUUCGCUGCCCGGCUGCACGAGGAGACGGCUCGGAGGCACGAGGCGCACGCGGCGGCGGCACGGCGGCGCAGCACACAGAUGGGGGAGAGCGAGGCGGAGGGAGGCGCGGGACGCAAGGGGAAGAAGGGGAAGAGCGACGCCAAGUCCGGAUCCAAAUCUUCCGCAUCCAAAGACGCCUCCGCAUCCAAACCCGGCGCCACCACCGCCUCCUCCGGCGGCAAGCGCAAGAAGGGCGGCAAGAAGGGCGGCAAGCGCGGCGACGGGGCCGGCGAGGGCGGCGGCGUGUGGGGCCCCGGAGUGGAUCCUGCGCUGGCCAGGCAGCUGAGCACGCUGGAUGCGCGGGCGCGGCAGCUGGCGCCGCUGAUGGUGGAUCUGGCAAGUCGAGUGAGCCUGUCAGCGUACGAGGUCCUCCACUUUCUGCGCCUGCUGCCCGACCUGGAGCUCCGGCUGCGCCUGCUGGUGGCGCUGUGGCCCGCCAUCUGGGACCGAGCCAACACGCUGGACCUGGCGCUGGACCUGGACCACCCCGUGACACUGCCGCCGCAGGGAGCGGGAGCGGGAGGGGCGGGAGCAGCAGGGGG